AUGUCACAACCCACCGAAGCCCGCAUGGGUAACAUGCUGGCCUCUUCUGCCACAGGCACAACGUUCUUGAUCAUGAUUCAACUGGCAUCGAGGAUUUUCACCUUUGCCUCCAAUCAGCUAAUAUUACGAACCCUAUCACCAAUUGUUCUGGGAAUUGCUGCUCAAUUGGAGCUUUAUCAAGUUACAAUCUUGUAUUUCUCUAGGGAAAGCAUCCGCCUGGCUAUCCAAAGACAACCCCUGACACCAGUGUCAACAUCACCACCAGAGAUCAAGAAUGACUCGAAAACGGAUGGCCCUUCUUCUCAGGACCAGCUGGCUGUUUCAUCUCAGUCGGUGGUGAAUGUGUCCUAUUUGAGUCUGUGUCUUGGCUUGCCCUUCACGAUACUUGUCACCUCGCUUUAUCAGUAUCUUGCUCCUGUACAAGCAGCAGAUAUCCCGUUUUUCAAGACAAGUGUGGCCGUGACAGGAUUUGCUUCGCUAUUGGAGCUUUGCAUUGAGCCUUUCUUUGCGGUAAUUCAGCAACGCAUGUGGUAUGAGAAGCGAGCAGCGGUGGAAAUGCCGGCAGCAUUUCUGCGCAGCCUCGUUACUUGCUCAAGCUUUCUAUGUGCCUCUCGCAUCAACCAGCCUGCCGGUGCUCUACCUUUUGCCCUAGGUCAUCUGAGUUAUUCCAUUGCUCUUAUCUGUGGCUAUUGCUGGACCAUGUUUGGAAAGGCCAACGAGAGGCGUUUCACAUUUCUUCUCUCUAAAAUCCGAUCCAGUAACCCUUCGGAAUAUCUUUGGGAGCUAUUCCCCCGCCCAAUUAUGUCGCUGGCUGCUAGUGUCUUCCUCCAAUCUUUGGUGAAGCAUCUCCUCACUCAAGGUGAUGCAAUGAUGCUCGCCGCCCUGUCUACCUUGGAAGAUCAAGGAAUUUACUCAUUGGCUGCAAAUUACGGAGGCCUUGUUGCCCGUAUCAUAUUCCAGCCUCUGGAAGAAAGCAGCCGAAAUUUGUUCUCAACCCUGCUUAGCCCUGACGAGAAAGGCAAGCGGAACGAGACUCAAGUCCGUGCCGCAAAAGAGCAUUUGAUCGACAUCCUCCGCGCUUACCAAGUUCUUUCGAUUCUCAUCUUUCCAUUGGGCCCUUUGAUGGUUCCACAGGUGCUUCGUAUAUUGGGCGGACGACAGUGGGCAUCGACCAAAGUGGGCGAUCUGCUGUCACUCUAUUGUUAUUACAUCCCAUUUUUGGCAUUUAAUGGCAUCACUGAAGCGUUCGUGUCGUCAGCGGCUAACGCCCGAGAGAUCCGAAAUCAAACUGUUUGGAUGGGUGCGUUCUCUACCUGCUACGCCCUGGCGGCCUACUUGUUCCUGGAGGUUGGCUCCAUGGGUGCAUAUGGACUUGUUCUAGCCAAUAUUGUCAAUAUGGCAGUCCGAACUCUGUGGAGCUAUACCUUCAUUCGAACCUAUCUCUACCGACAUGGAGAUGGCAUACGUGUCAGCGAAGUGAGCAUGCGUCCUAUUACUUAUAUCUUCGGGGCCAUUGCAACCACAAUCGUGGCUAAGCAGGGAAUGUUGGAGCCUAGUGGGGGUAUCAUGCCAGCAAUUUUGUUCAGUGGUGUCUAUGGGCUUUUAGUGUAA